GAUUCUCGGAACCGCCAUGGCUGAAGCAACUCGAUUCCAAAGCUCGAUUCGUGAAGAUGAGGAACGAAUCAUGGCUGCGAUGGAUCCAUGCAUCGCGCGUCACAUGCGAGAGUUGGAGCUUCGGUUUGAAGCUCAAUUCAACAGGUUUCAGGAAGCUAUGCGUGGAAUUGGUCUUCAGGUCACUGAUUUGGCUUCUGCUCGACGAAGCAGAGCACCAGGCGAUGGAGAUCACAAGAUGCCGACGCGUCUCACAAGGUUGGAUUUUCCGAAAUUCAACAAAGACGAUGUCGAUUCCUGGAUCGCGAAGUGUGAAAGAUUCUUCGCGUUGGAUGGCACUCCGGAGGGCGAACGUGUCACCGUCGCCAGUAUCGCCAUGGACGAGAGUUCGUUCAGAUGGUUUCAGGGGUUGGAGCAAGGAACGGUGGGAAGGGUGGCUUGGCCGGAGUUUGCGACUGCACUGCGAUCGCGAUUUGGUGUGGAAUUUGAGUCGCCAAUGGAGGAGCUCAAACGAUUGGUGCAGCAAGGAAAUCUUGAGGAGUAUCAUGAAGCUUUUGACAAUUUAGCAUGUAGAACUGAGCUUUCUGAGUCACUGAAGCUUCAGUGUUAUCUUGGAGGCCUCAAUCCUGAGUUAUGCACUGGAGUAAAGAUGUUUGGUCCUCGUACUCUACUGGAAGCAAUGCGAAUUGCUAAGCUGCAAGAAAGGAGUUUGGUAUUACUGCACAAGAAGUCUAAUCCAGUGACCAAAACCUUUAGCAAUUGGUUUGAGAAGAAAGGAGUGACUUCUACAAUGGUGGAAAAGAGGGGAAGUGACCGGAAAUUGGUGGGAGAAAACAACCAGAAAGGUAUUUUGGGGAAGCCAAAUUACACUUUUCAGAAGAAACUCUCUCCCAAAGAAAUGGAUGAACACCGUGCUCAGAAUCUGUGUUUCUUUUGCCAUGAAAAGUACACUCCAGGGCAUGAUUAUCCCCAAAGAAAGAAGUCUCAGGUUUUCUUCAUGGUAGUAGAUGGUCUUGAUUCAGAAGAAUGUCAGGAGGUAUUGGAACAGGAUCUUGGACCUGAGGUGAGUGUUCCUAAAGUCUCUCUUAAUGCUUUACAUGGUGAUUCCAUUUCUCUGAAUGCUUUGGAUGGUGAUUCCCAAUAUCCUAUGAUGAGAUUGACUGGAUGGUUAGGCAAGAAACGAAUUUUUUUGUUAAUAGAUACUGGUAGUACACACAACUUUAUUAACCAAAAAUUGUGCCAUGAGGGAUUGAGCAAGCUUCAGUGUUUGCAACCAGUUAAGAUAACAGUUGCAGAUGGGGGAAUAAUACAGGGUACUGGUUGGUGUGAGGGAAUUUCUUGGAAAAUGCAAGGUUACACUUUCAUUGACAGUGCAAUUGCCAUACCUCUUAGUAGUUGUGAUCUCAUCUUAGGUAUGCAGUGGCUUAGACAAUGGGGUACUGUUUCAUGGGACUUUACUAAUUUGAUCAUGGAAUUUGCUACGGGGAAUGAGAUGGUCAAGUUGCAAGCUAUGGAAGAGAAGGAGAACAAACUAGUUUCUGCUGCUAAAUUGCACCAUAUGGUAGGGGAGGAUAAAUACAGUUACAUAUUACAGAUUCUUCCUUGUUCUAGCGAGGUAGCUUGUUGCACUCUCAAGGCUCAGGAAUCAUUGGAUUCUGGGUUGACAGUGCAAGAGAGGAAUGUGGAUCUUCAGGCUCAUGAGGAAGCCAUUUUGAAAGAUUAUGGUGAAGUGUUUGAAGAACCUGCUGAGCUGCCACCUUUCAGGGGCAUUCAUGAUCUGAUCAUAUUGAAAGAGGGGUCAAACCCCAUUUCUCUCAGGCCUUAUAGAUAUCCUCCUGCACAAAAGGAUGUCAUAGAUAAAAUGGUGAAGGAAUUGCUUGAGUCAGGGGUAAUUCAACCUAGCUCUUCUCCUUUUGCUUCUCCCAUUGUUUUAGUCAAGAAGAAGGAUGGCAGCUGGAGAAUGUGUGUGGACUAUAGGAAGCUCAAUGAUCUGACUGUGAAAGCAAAGUUUCCCAUUCCAUUGGUGGAAGACUUAUUGGAUGAAUUAGGGGGAGCUAAAGUUUUUUCUAAAUUGGAUUUAAGGGCUGGUUAUCAUCAGCUGAGAAUGAGACCUGAGGAUGUGGAGAAAACAGCAUUUCAAACACACUCAGGGCAAUAUGAGUAUGUUGUCAUGCCAUUUAGUCUUACAAAUGCUCCCUCCGCUUUCCAAGGAGCCAUGAAUGCUAUGUUUGCUCCAUAUUUGAGGAAGAGUGUGCUUAUAUUCUUUGAUGAUAUCUUAGUGUAUAGUGCUACUAUUGAGGGCCAUGUCCAACACUUGAGAGAAGUCUUUGAAGUCCUUAAGAAGCAUUCAUUCUAUGUCAAAAAGAGUAAAUGUGCUUUUUUCACUCCUGUGAUUGAAUAUUUAGGCCACUUUAUUUCAGCAUCAGGGGUUGCUACAGAUCCUACCAAGAUCAAAGUCAUUCAAGAGUGGCCUGAACCAACUACAAUUAAACAAUUGAGAGGGUUUUUGGGACUCACAUGUUAUUACAGAAGGUUUAUUAAGGGCUAUAGUAUCAUGGCCUCACCAUUAACAGACCUUUUGAAGAAAGAUGGCUUCCUUUGGUCAGUUGCAGCUGCAGAUGCUUUCCUAAAACUCAAAAAUGCAUUGGUUACAGCUCCUGUCCUUGCUAUUCCAGAUAUGCAGAAACCUUUUACAGUGGAAACUGAUGCUUCCAGUACUGGCAUUGGGGCUGUUCUACUUCAGGAUCACCACCCUGUGGCCUUUCUUAGUAAGGUCUUAUCCCCUAGAAACAGAUUGUUGUCAGUAUAUGAUCGGGAAUUUUUGGCUCUGGUCCAUGCAGUUACCAAAUGGCAUCAGUAUUUGGCUAUCCAGCCAUUUACUAUUCUUACUGAUCAGCAGAGCUUGAAAUUCUUAUUGGAGCAGAGAUUGUCUACUCCAGCUCAAUAUAGGUGGGUUACUAAGUUGAUGGGUUUGUCCUAUGUAAUUCAGUACAAAAAGGGUAAGGAAAAUGUGGUAGCUGAUGCUCUUUCUAGAGCCUCUCAUGGAGAAUUAUUGCAGCUUUCAGUCUCUUCCAUAUCUUCAGAACUGUGGGCCUUACUUACUCAAGCUUAUGCAGCUGAUGAUGCUCUUAAGCUCCUUAUUUCUCAGGUUCUGGCUCAACCCCAGCUGCAUACUCACUACUCUGUGGUGGAUGGUUUGCUGUUUAGGAAACAUAGACUCGUGGUUCCUAAUGAUGCCCAAGUUAGGACCUUAAUCUUGGAGUGGCUUCAUUCCUCUCAUCAAGGAGGUCAUUCUGGCAUAAGGGCUACUAUGGUUAGGAUUAAGUCUUUCUUUUACUGGAAAGGGCUUAGUAAGGAUGUAGCUGCAUUCAUCCAAUCAUGUGAGACUUGUCUCAGGUGUAAGUAUGAGAGAGUUGCUAAUCCUGGUUUGUAGCAACCACUCCCU